UAUCUAAUUAUGAAUUGUUUUCUCUAUUUUCAGAGUUCUCCUGUCAAGAAGUUAAUUAUCAAACUCUGGCACCAAGGGUACUGAAAUCAUCUAAUAUUCUAUUUCUCCAAAAUGUAAACUAUCUGUACCAGUUUAAUACAUUUGUGUAUUUCAGAUUUAUGGUACCACUGACUAAGGUCACUUAUGUUCUCUAGAUAUUUUUUCAAAAGCUUAGUCCAAAGUUUUCUUUUUAAGGAGAUUUUCCACAAAUGUAUUAAAUAAACUUGUAACUUUUAUUUCUUCUUGCCAUUAUAUCUUCAAUGGAAAAUCAUGCAUGUAAAUUACCACAGGUUUUGUUCGUUAUAUAACAAUGUUAUUACAUUCUUUGUUUAAUUUUAGUAUAUGCUGAAAAAAAUAAAGCUGAAACGUAGUCAUUACUUUGUAGUAAAAGUAUUUCAUGUGGAAUUAAGAUGUUAAGGGAAUGUCAUCUGAUUUAGAAUUUGGUAAAUUAAUGUUUAGGAAAAACAUGAUUUAUGUUAUGUCUUUUCCAAGUGUAUUAUUUGAAGAUUUGAAGUGUAGUUUGAUAUUUAUCUAAUAGUGUUGUCAAAUUAUUAACAAAGACUACAGUACUACAAGUAUUUAAGAACAGGAAAAAAGUAAAAUGAAUUCAGAACAUACCCCAAAAUUUCCUAUUAAAGUGGAAGUGGAAGACCCCAUCUCACUCUUCCCUAACAGUCAUGAAAGCCAAGAUCUUUCUUCCAUUAAUCAUGAAAAAGAUUUGGAUGCUCGUGAUACAACAAAUAAUUGCAGCUCUCUGUCUUUGGACCCAUCAGUGAAAAUCAAGACAGAGCCAGGGAUAGAUGAGUCAAUAAGUGUGGAUCUAUCCUUGAAAGUCAAGGCAGAACCUGGAAUAUAUGAAAGUGUGCAUAUGGAUCCAUCUUUUAAAGUCAAGGUAGAGCCAGGACUAUAUGAAGAAGGUGUAGAAUAUUUAUGUACAACUGAAUUAAAAGAGAGUGAGGACGAAAAACAAAGUUCUGAAGAGGAAAUCAGUGAAGACGAAACUGAAGAUUUAUGGACUUCUACCCAAGAUAGUUGUACAAUACCUUUUAAGUCCACUGAGAAACACAAAGGAAGUCUUGAAAGCCACCAGAAAAUUCAUACUAAAAAGAAAAAAUGUUCAUCUCGUGCAAGUGGAAACAAAUGCUCACAGAUGGAGGUUCCGGAAACCGAUCGUGAAGUUCAUAUUAGAGAGAAGCCUUUUGCAUGUAAUGAAUGUGGAAAACAAUUUGAUAAGGAAUGGCAUCUUGACUCUCAUUUGCUGACUCAUAAGGGAGAGAAGCCAUUUGCAUGUCUUGAAUGUGGAAGAGAAUUUACCAAUGCAAAUAAUCUCAAGAUGCACAUGAAAGCCCACUCAGAUAAAUCCUUUGCUUGCAGUGAGUGCGGAAAAGUAUUUUCAUGGAAAAGUCGGCUUACAGAACAUAUGAAGAUGCACACUGCAGAUAAGCCCUUCAGUUGCAGUGACUGUGGGAAGGAAUUUUCUCGCAAAUGUAAUCUCACAGAUCAUAUGAAGAUUCACACUAGAGAGAAGCCUUUUCUCUGCUCUGAGUGUGGGAGAGGGUUUUCUCUGACAAGCAAUCUUAGGAAGCAUAUGAGAAUUCACACGGGAGUGAAGCCGUUCACUUGCACCGAAUGCGGAAGAGGAUUUGCCGUGAGAGGGAUGCUCAGGAGGCACAUGAGAAUCCACACAGGGGAGAAGCCUUUCAGUUGCAGUGUGUGUGAGAAAUCCUAUUCUCGGAAAAUUAAUCUGACGUGUCACAUGAGGAUUCACAAUGGAGAGCACCCAUUUGCUUGCUCUGAGUGUGGAAAAGGAUUUCCUAUGAGAGGAUUGCUGAGAAGACAUAUGAAAAUUCACUCAGGUGUGAAGCCAUACACUUGCCCAGAAUGCAGAAGAGUAUUUUCUCAGAUGAGCAGUCUCAAAAGUCAUAUGCGAAUUCACACUGGAGAGAAGCCAUUCAUUUGCUCUGUGUGUGAAAGAGGAUUUUCUCAGAAAAGUAGCCUUAAAAGUCAUAUGCGAAUUCACACAGGGGAGAAACCUUUUGUCUGUAGUUAUUGUGAAAAGGCGUUUUGUCAGAGACGUAGUCUCAAAACUCACUUGACCCUUCACACAGGAUGAAAGCUUUUCCGGUCUCUGUGUGAAAAAGGAUCAUCUGAAGCAUCAAGAUACUUCAGUUAUAAGACACCAUUCAGAUUCAAUUUAUGUGGAAGAGGAUAUUUUAAGAGUACAAGUGAACUGAGAGAUGAAAGUUGCAUUCCUUGUCAUUCAUUAAGAAAGAACAUUUUCUAAUAUAGAAUAUAUCUUUCAAUUACUGAAAUUUAUGCAUGCAAAACCAUCCUUCAAAAAUUUAGUUUUUUAAAAGUUAAAUUUUUUAAUAAAAACCCAUUAUUUAUAAUUAGCUCAAAUUUGUGGUGAGCAGAUUCUGUAAGACAUUUUAUUCAUGACCCAAAGAAAAUUAUUGGCUGGUCAGCAACGUUGUGCAUUUGCUUCACAGAUCCUGAGGUUCUUAGCAUAUAAAGGCCUUACUUUUUAGUAUAGUCAGCAUAAAACUGCAAGAGAUCAGCAGGGUUGGGAGGAAAAAGCUUACUGGAUCUGAAUAGCAUCUUUGGAGAGGGAAUGAACUGCUUAAAUCCCAUGAAUUGGCUGACUUGAAUGAAGCAUUUUUCUGAAAGCUCAUAGAGAUAAUGGAUGUGAAGGAAAACAACAUUGUUUCUAUAAGGCUGAGACCCUGACAGUAACAUCUAAACUAGGAAGUUGAAAUUGCAAGUCCAUAGGGUACUCUUGGGAGAAACUUAGAAGUGGGCUGUACUUAAUGAAGAAUGAAAAAUAGAGGACUCAGUAAAUGGUACAAAGAUAGUAGUAAUAACUUUCAAUUGACAUAAACUUGUCCUAGUGCUAUAACAGAUCCCAAUAAAAAUAUCCAGGUCACUUGUCAUCUUCAAGAAUAGUUUACAAAAGUUCGGUACCUUUAUGCAGCUACGGAAUGCACUCGAAGAUAAAUGUUUGAUAUUAUGAGAAACUGCAUUCCAGUCAAGAAAGUGAAGGGUACAGUGCCAUUUUCCAGGCUACCUUGAGUAGGGUUCACCAUUCAAAAGCACUUCAGGUCAGGAUAAUAUUGUAUUAAUUGACAAAUAUAUACCUAGUGUUCUUUCAGAUCAACUAGGAAAAGUAGUAUACUUAAUUAAAAUAUAGUAUACUUCCCUUCCUCUAAGUAUCAAUCGAGUAUGAUUCGAAAAAUGUGGUGAAGUUCCACUCAACUGGCGAUAAAAAACUGCAUGGACUUUUGUUAAAAUCUCUUUACUUAUGUACUAGCAAAUGAAAACAAUAAGAAAAGAAUUAAUGUCUUCAUGGUUAAAGAAAAUAAUUUUAGAAAAAAUUGCCAAAAUGUCUAAGAAGGCAAAUGUCUUUCAUCUUCACCAGCAUGCUAGAUAUAAUAAAGGUCUUCACAGUGGGGAACCAGUUGAUCCAUGAGGUGUACGUGAAGUGUAGCUGACUAGCUGGAAAUGAAUUUUUCAGGAAAUAUGCAGACCACAAAUUUGAGCUAAUUGUAAGAAAUGGGUUUGUUGUGAAACAGUUUCUAAGAUACAGAAAUGGUUGUAGAGGACAGUAUAUCGAUUUCAUAUAUAGUACUACUUUUAAAACGUGAUCACAAAGCAUAAUUUUAAGCAAUUAUGGAAAUUACCACAUGACAGUGAUGGAAAGCUAUGUAUGUUCAGUACUGUGGUUUUAUAUAACUUUUUUAAGGUUAAAGUAUUCAAAAAGGCAUAUGUAUGAAAAACAUUCUUUUGUUUAUACUCUAUAACAAAUAUAAAACUUCAAAAACAA